ACGUGAUCCCUCUAGUCAUCGUACCAAUGGGCGUGCAGUGGUUUUACCCUAUGACGUCAUGGCAUACUAUUAAUACUUGGCCUCAAUCUUCCAUGCAGCAUUGAUCUCUGUUUCGAGGCCACCGAUACCUGCCAACCUAACGUAACGUCAUAAAGGUGUUAAUACGAGAUGGCCCGUACCAAGCAGACUGCUCGUAAAUCCACUGGAGGAAAGGCGCCAAGGAAGCAGCUUGCGACCAAGGCAGCCAGGAAGAGUGCGCCCUCUACUGGAGGAGUGAAGAAGCCCCAUCGCUACAGGCCUGGAACUGUGGCUUUGAGGGAGAUCCGUCGCUACCAGAAGUCAACAGAGUUGCUCAUCCGCAAGUUGCCCUUCCAGCGUUUGGUGAGGGAAAUUGCCCAGGACUUCAAGACUGAUCUGCGUUUCCAGAGUGCUGCCAUUGGCGCUCUUCAGGAGGCCAGUGAAGCUUACCUGGUGGGUUUGUUUGAGGACACCAACUUGUGCGCCAUCCACGCCAAGCGUGUCACCAUCAUGCCCAAAGACAUCCAGCUGGCUCGCAGGAUAAGGGGAGAACGGGCCUAAUGACCUUGACAGCGCUGUCAAGAUAUACUAUCCUAUUUAUCGUACUUAACAAUUUCUGUGGACUUUAUUUCUUGAGUAUUUUUUUUUUCUUUUUUGCAUUGUAUUUUAGACAACCAUUCCACAAGCUAAUGGGUACUUGUGUAGGAUUAUUUGCCCGUUUAUGACUGGUUACAAUUGAAGACAUCACUGCCCAUUCCCAAUCAACUUUUCCCCAUCAAGAUAGGCCCCCUACAUACCACUUUUAGCACAAAUUGCAGCUCCCCAAAUACUUCAUUCACUGGUACAAUUGAUGCAGGUUGCAUUUUUCUGGACUGCUUUUUACAUUUUUUCCAACAUUGAACAAAAAAACCUGGCAGCUACAUUUUACUAUUUAUGAAAUUGUCAUGUCUUUCUAUUAAAGGUCUAUGAAUAGA